CCCUCCGCCGCAUGUAGACUCGACUGAGCGGAAGCUGAGCGUCAGUCGGUCUGCUGCCACACCGAGAGGCUGCAGCGGCGUGCCUCCCCCCCGCCUCCCCCGUCACAGGUAUCUCUGCUCCUUCCUCGCCACACAACAAGUCACCUGGAUUUAAAGGAGAGGGAAAACAACCCAAUUUGGAGAGCGGCUCCAGCAGAAGAGACAUGGCAGCGUUGCGCGUGCUGCUGGGGAGUUUACACUACAUGGGACUCUACAUGCAGCUCGGAGUCUCCACGAGGCAGCCCGCACGCGGACACCUGGAGAACCACGUCUCUGGGAACGCCAUGUUCACAGAGGUGCCCCACGAUGUGACUGCACAGAGGGGUCAGGACGUGGAGAUGGCGUGCUCCUUCAGAGGGGCGGGGAUGCCCUCCUAUUCACUGGAGAUCCAGUGGUGGUACAUCAGGAACCAUCUGGACUGGACAGACGGACAACCCUGGACAACCAAUGAGGUGGCCCCUGAUGAGGAGACUCCUAAGGAUGCUACAAAGAUAAGCGUUGUGAAGGUCGUAGGAAGCAACAUCUCCCAUAAACUCCGCCUCUCCAGGGUAAAGCCGUCCGACGAAGGCACCUACGAGUGCCGCGUCAUCGACUUCAGCGACGCCGCGGGUACCCGCCACCACCGCGUCCGGGCCUACCUGCAGGUGGUGCCAGAGGGCGCCGACCGCAACGACAACUUUGAGGCCUUGGACGACACCAAGGGGGGGGUGGCGUUUGCCGACGGCGACGACGCGGAGUCUCGCGGCGGCACAAAAGAGCAAGCCCACGGCCACCACCAGAGUCACGGGCACCACCAGGUGCACGCCAAUGGGCCCUCGUCGCCGGCCCGCCACGGCCACAGCCACGGCGGUCAGCAGCAAAAGGCGGGCCGCGAGCUGAGGAAGAGGGACGCGGACAGUGACCACAGCGACUGCACCGACGAGCCGAGCUGCGCGCCGUAGAGUGAGAAGGUCCCACCAGGAAUGUGACUCGUGGCACAGCAUGAAAAGCUAUUAUUCCCACACUGCGCAAACUGAGGAGCCUUGGAAGGGUCCAGUCGGUGCUCGGCGCCGUAAGCCGUGCUGGGGAAUGUAGCUGUUUCGUGCUGUGCGUGGGUCCGGGUCGGACUGCUCUCCGUCAGUAAGCGGUCGGGGUUUCGGGCCUCAGCACCGACAAAAAAAAAAAAAAAAAAAAAAAAAAAAAGAUUAAGACUUGUCUUGCUAUUUAGCCGUUUCACUCUUGUACUUUAGAUACUGUAAAUGACGCCACCCUGCUUUCAGGCUCGUACUCCCACUGCCUUACUCGCUCGUUUGAUACACACUCAGAAAAAAAGUAUAUCAGACAUUUUGUAACUGGGUCUGUGCCCAGUGCAAGAAGGUUCCUUUUCUUCUGAGGGUGCAGCGAAUUACAUUAAAACCAGUUAGUAAUUCCUCCAUGGAAAUCGCGUUUGCUUCACUGCAUCAAAAUGAGAGAAUACGGUUGCAGAAUCUGUGUUUGCCCGAAAUUCAGCAAUUUUCUUCCGUCUGUACUCCCGGGGGGAGGACAACAUGCUGUCUUCAGCAGACGCUCAUCAAAGGUCCCAGCGCAGCAGCGCUCAUCAAGGACAGAUAAGGCCUCCAUUCAUUUGUGUUGGAGUAAACACGGUGGCAAAAUCACAGGCUGUAUUUUCAUCACAGCUCCUAGCUGAUGAACUAGUGCAGGAGCAGAUAGUAUACCCACCCCCCCCCCCCCCACCUGCCCCCUUGGGCUGUUCAGCCUGUUAGAAAAUCAAUCUGUUUUGAAAGCCAUGAAAAUAAUCCAAAUCUCUGCCACUGAAAUAACCCGACAUGGACGCGUGUCUCUUGGAGACAUUUAUGGAAUGUGUUUGGAAGAGCAGUGAUUUAUUCCCAAUCCCACGUUUACUUCCCUCAUCCCGAUUCUCCGGCUCAGUGAUCAGUCACUUAAAAAGCCUCAAUCCUCUUUGUAUAUAUGACUGUAUAAUAUGAAAUAAAGUGCAUGUUCAGUAAUUUCCCUACAUUUUUUUUCAACCAACCAUACACAAAGAAAAUGUUUGUUAGACAUUUUUCAUUUAUGUUCUUUUUGUUUGGUUCUUUAAAAAAAAGAAAGUCCUGACUCUUUACUUGUACUUUGUCCUGUCAAAUAGAGCUCUUGGAUUCAAAAAUCAGUUUUCUCUUUCUUCACUGCUCUCCAGAAGUGCUGUACAGACAGAUGAAUGACAUGUUCUCUUCAUAGCUGCUCACAAAGGGGUUUCCCUCGUGUCUCUUAGUACUUUGUCCGUGUUCCUCAAAGGCAAACCGCGCUGUGAGGGCAACAUGAGUGUUGCCGUGUUUUAAUCAGCUUGAAAGUGGGAUUCUUUUGGUUCAGUUUGGCGACUGAGUGUCUGAAAGGAUGCGAGAGGCCAUUUCUGCCAACGUUGAAGCUGGAGGAGGAUCUCUUUGUUCAGGCUCUGAGGGGAUCAAAUGGAACCAGGUGAAUGAGGGUAACAUCCAGGAUGAAGCCCCGGGCAGCGGGAAGCUGCUCUGAGUGAAGCACUGAAAUUGUGUCUCCGUACUGCCUCCACAUCCAGCCUGUGUCCGGAGGCCAUGCGGGGGCCUCACCUCUCCGCUGUAUAAUCUAUCAUGACAACUACUAGUGGACUGAGAGAAUGUUCUACUGAGCACUGGGAUUUAUUUAUUUUUCACUUGAUGUUUUGUAAAGAGAUCACUGUUAAAAAAAAAAAAAAAGGGGAACGGAGAUAUAAUGUACAUUUCUUCUAACAUUCAAUCUCACACUAAGUGUAUGGCUUUAUCAAAUGAAAUAAACUUGUAUAUGAAAAAUC